AUAAACGUAAGUAUGAAAUAUAUCACAUGUAAGUUUUUACUUAUUUAGGAAGAGAAAUUGAUUUUCAGCCCAAAAAUCUUACCAUAAGUACUUAUCUUUUAAAAAAUUUUUUUUAUAUUUGCAAAGACAAGUUUUUAUAAAAAGUAAAUCAUCGAACUAAUAAGAUCAGAAAGUAACCAUGGGAAGUGAAAAUUGUGAAUGCAAACAUAAAGGAUCUUGCAAUAACGAGAAUGGCAAAUGCUCAUGUCAAACCCAGAAGGACAAUUCUGGUUCCAAACCUGAGGGAGUUAAAUGUGCUAAUUGCAAAGCAAGGGACUCUCGAUCAUCAGAGAAACCAUCUUUCACUUCAGAAUCUUAUCCUUCUUUAAAACGAGAUCCUCGUUAUGCUACAUUAAGUCAAAAAGAUAUUGACUUUUUUAAAGGUGCGCUAGCGAAGGAUGGUGGAUCCAUUGUCACCGAUAUUGAUGAAUCUUCUGAUCCCUCUGAAUUGGAUGCUUUCAACAUCGACUGGACGCAUAAAUACCGAGGAAAAUCUCGUCUAGUUAUUAAGCCUAAGACUACUGAACAAGUGAGUCAAAUCCUCAAAUACUGUAAUUCCCGCCGACUAGCCGUCGUGCCUCAAGGAGGAAACACGGGUUUUGUUGGUGGUUCUAUCCCUGUGUUUGACGAGAUCAUUAUAAACUUGGGCUUGAUGAAUCAUAUCCAUGGUUUUGAUGAACUCACCGGUAUCUUGAAUUUGGAUGCUGGUGUAAUCUUGGAGGAUGCGGAUAACUAUCUGGUUAGUAAGGAUCAUAUUUUCCCACUUGAUAUUGGAGCUAGGAAAAGCUGUCAAGUGGGUGGUUGUGCUUCGACAUCGGCGGGCGGACUUCGUUUGAUGAGAUAUGGAAAUCUUCAUGGAAAUAUUAUUGGUAUGGAGGCGGUUUUGCCGGAUGGUACCAUUUUGAACAAUCUAGUAAAAGUCCGUGAAGGCUACCUGGGAAUUAUCACUCGACUAAGUGUUGUAUGUCCGCAAAAACCUCGUUCUACGAACGCUGCCUUUUUAGGUCUACCGUCAUACAAUAAUGUUUUGAAAGCCUUUUCUACAGCCAAAUUCCAUCUUUCGGAAAUUCUUUCGGCUUUUGAAUUAAUGGACAAUACUUCACAAAUUUUUAUGGAUUCCCAUUCUUCUAUUCCACGCCCUAUCAAAGAUGAAUAUCCAUUCUACGUGUUUAUCGAAACACAGGGAUCCAGUUCGAAUCACGAUCACGAAAAACUCUGUAGGGUGGUUGAAGAAUUGAAAGAACAAAAAUUAAUUGGUGAAGGUGCAAUUGCCAAAGAUGAUAAACAAAUUGAUGAAUUUGUGUUACGACGUGUGAAAACUGCGGGAUGCUUGCAGGAUGUUGGUUCUGGUAUCUACAAGUAUGACGUUUCCUUACCUUUGGAUAUAUUGUUUGAUUUAGUAUAUGCUACGAAGGAACGACUAAAAGACUUGAACUUAAUAGGUGAUGCUCCUGGACAGCCGGUUAUUGACGUUGUCGGGUUUGGUCACGUAGGCGAUGGGAACUUACAUAUGAACGUUCUUUCAAGAAAACUUGAAAAGAAGGUUGAAGAUGCUCUUGAACCGUGGGUAUUUGCAUGGGUUGCUUCUCAUGAAGGUUCGAUUUCGUCAGAACAUGGACUCGGUUUUCUGAAGAAGCCGUAUGUUGGAUAUUCGAAAACGCCAGAAAUGAUUUCCCUAAUGAAGACUAUAAAACAUGUGAUUGAUCCUAACGGAAUUAUGUUGCCUUACAAGUAUGUCGGAUAAUUCCUACCCCAAGGUUAUAACGUCAAGGUUAUGCCGAAUUGAUGAAAAAUAACGAAAAGCAAACGAUGAAAUGAAUUUAUAGUUGAAAGAAAAAGUGUUCAGUCGCUUAGUUUUAAGAAAAAUAAUGAUGGAUGAUUUAUUUUAUGAAAUGUAUUGCCUGUAC